AUGGUACGAAGUGAUCCAGUCAUUACAGUCGUCAUCAGUGUGAUAUCAAUAAUCUUGGGCCUCCCCGUCGCCGUGGCCACACUCCUUUUCAAUCAAAACUGGGUGCCCAAAGUCAUUCUGGGCUCGAAGACUAUAAACACCGGCUUGGGCAAAACGACAACGAUCGAUUUCGGUAUUUUGACUGGCCCAAAUGAUGCCAUAUUGGUAGCUGCUCUCAUCUCGAUAGCUUCGACGGCUCUCAUCAUCAUUGGCUUAGUUUUAACCCGUCACUUCACCGAGCAUAACGCCUUUGGAUGGCUCGCGUUUGGCCCCGCGCUGCUGAACAUUCUGAGCCAAGUCGGAUGCUGUGUUGCCGUCUUCAUAUUCAAUAACAGGAACCCGGCGGCAACUUCAAGAGACCAGAUUCGAUAUGCGAACGGAAAGUACAGCACUGGUGGUACACUGUAUACAAAGGAAGCAUGGUCGUGCUCGAUGAACGCUCUUUAUCCUGAGAAGGAAGGGCACUGGGCAAACCAGGCAUGUUCUAGAUUCGGAACCGCAAGGACUUUGACUGUCCCUAUGGCAGUUUGUGCGGCGUGUCUUUUCAGCCUGGCGUGCUGGCAAGUCGUCGAGCGAGGUGGCUUCGGGUGGUUGUUCGGUCGCAAAGAUAAAGUUGCGGCUGUAUACAAAGCAAAAGGGGAAUACUUUGAUUUGCAGAGUUAA